AGACUUUCUUCUGGCGGACGAGUUAGUUAGUUCUGCAACGCUUACUCGGAUGAUUGGACGCGUGAUGCUCUUUGAGGAACACUCGAUGCGUGUGCGAGUUGAGUGAAAUCGGCUUUUGCUUUGCGUGAGACGUUGAGGUGAAGUUUUUGGUGACCGGGGCGUGAGUGUGUCAUUUUGUGCGUAAUUAACAGUGAAAUUUUCCGUGAUUUGACCAAUUAGUGGGCAAUUGAUGGCGAAGUUUGGGGGAGCCGGUGUUUGAGAGGUUUUUUAAUAAGUGCUUGAGGUUCCCAAGAAAUGUCUGGGAGCCCUCGUUCACCAAAGUUUAUUUUGGAUAUAAGUAACAAUCAGUUUGAUAACGUUCCUACAAAUUUUCCACCAACGGUUCCUAAAGGAAACAACAGUAGGAUGAUCAAAGUGGAAUCGCACGAAUCCCUGGAUUCCGCUGGAGUGUCGCAUCAUCAUAUGGGAUCGAUGGCUCAGAAUAAUCAUGGCCCAUCUGUCUAUGGGGGCGGCGAAUACACCACCCUCAUGCCUUCGGCCCCAUCUGGCCAAUCCACCAUCUACGUGUACCAAACGCCUUCGCUCGUGUCGACUCACGUUAUUUCAAACGGUGGUGAGCCGCUCAAUAUUCCUCGCAGCGAUAUUCUGACGCCCACUUCCAAUCUUGCACCUGUCAUCUGCAAGAAACGGAAACUCGACGCCGACUACGAUUACGAGUUCGAUCAAUCAUCGUUGAGUCCCACGGGCAACGCCCACGAUAAGCGUAUCCGUUACGAUGGUAACGCGUAUGGCUAUUCCAGUUCCGACUACGUCACCGCCAACAACUACGUCGUAAUUCCGGAACUGUCCAAUUUGGAUGUGAAUGAUUCCUCUGGCAGAAUCCACGUCCACCAAGCUCAAAUGGGCUACUCGGAUCCAGCCCAAUACGGUAUUUACUAUCAGAACGAUACUCCCUGCAGCUUGGAUCAUGGUACACCCUCGAACUCUACAACUUCUUCCCCCAACAAACCUGAAGACAAUCUCUACCACGCGUUACCUCCCCUAACAUCCUCCUCCUGCAUGCUCAACAACUCCAUACAACCUUCGACAGUCACCCCACCAUCUUCGCUACCUUGUAGCAGUUCUUCCCCGUCCUCAACAAUAACCACAGUGAGCACCACAGAACAAGAACACCUCAACAACAACAACAGCACCACCUCCACCAGCAACCAGCAACAAGUGCUGAAGACGAACAAGAAGUCCCGCUCGAAUAGGGUGCGGAAGCGGCAAAUUCGGGACACCGUAAGCUACGAAGAGUUGCAGACGCAACGGGUGAUGGCCAACGUGAGGGAGCGGCAGCGGACGCAGAGUUUGAACGAGGCCUUUGCAUCGUUGCGUAAGAUCAUUCCAACGCUGCCGAGUGACAAGCUGAGCAAGAUUCAAACGCUCAAACUGGCGUCGAGGUACAUCGACUUCCUGUGUCGGGUGUUGGCAAACAACGAACUCCCCCUGUUGGAAGAAACUCAGAAGAAUCUCGGCUCAGGUGGAUCUUCGAUGCCAGGGGCAGCUGCUGGCAUCACUGCUUCCGGUGGAGGUCCGCUUCAGUUUAACGGAAGUGGCAUUUUGGUGCACGAGAAGCUCAGCUAUCUGUUCAGCGUUUGGCGGAUGGAGGGUGAUUGGAGCAACGGGGGAAGUUGCAGCUCCAGUCCCGAGGGCAGUGGGAAGGAAUGAGAUCGGAAAUCGGUGAAUCCUGGAAGGAUCACUUAAGUGUAGAAAGAAAGCAAAAGAAAAGUAUUAUUUAGCCGGUAAGGUUCUGUUCCUAUUUGAGUGUGUGGACGAUUGCAGAUCUUCAGGCGUUUCCAAACUAUCAAGAGUUCGUCCAAAGAAAAUAAUUAUAAGUUUUAAGUGUUAGUCAAGUAAGUGUGAAGAAUACUAUUCCAAAAAAGCAAAAACAAAACUACAAGUAGUAGAGAAGUAAGUUCGUUUUUUUAAGAACUGCUGAAAGCAAAUCUCUUUGCCUGAUAAACAUAAGAUGUUGUUAAGAGUUACAAUUACAAUUACCUGAGAAUCUUCCGUUUUAACCAAGUUAAAAAUAGGUGAACUGAUUCGAAAAAGUAAUUCGUGAUUUCAAGUUACGAUCCGGUGUGGCAACUUUAAGCGUAGCAUGGCUUAAAGUAUUUUUGCCACAUUUCUGUUCGUUUUUCAUGCAUUUCCAUAUACUAUUACGUCAUAUUUGUUUACUGUUCUCUUUUCUAUACCUACUCGUAUAACUUUAUGUGUUAAUGUUUAAGUAUAUUCUCGGAAUCAAAAUCAAUAGAAAGUGUAAAGUAUAAAGAAGUGCCAAACAAAGAAAAUCGGUCCAAAGAGAAUUA